AAUGCUUUCCAGGCUUGAAGGAGACUAUUCUUCACCGCCGCGGGAUCCUGAGCGAGUUUGACAGCUGGAACACAUCUGUUCAAGUAUUUGGUUGACCUGAGAAAGCUGCAUGUGUGAAACCAUAGCAACCAGCAAUGGAGCCCUGGCCUGCAGUGGCCUGGGUCCUACUGCUGACCGUCAUCCCAGACCUUCUGAACACCGCCCACACCAGAGACUUUUCUGAACAAGACAUCAUACACCUCCACCCCUCAACCACUCCAUUUCCUGGUGGAUUCAAGUGCUUCACCUGUGAAGAUGCACGAGACAACUUUGAGUGCAAUCGCUGGGCGCCUGAUGUGUACUGCCCUCGUGAAGCCAAAUACUGCUACACACGGCACACGAUAGAUGUGGAGGGAGACAGUGUGUCAGUGACCAAACGCUGUGUGGCCCUGGAGGACUGUCUUUCCACAGGAUGCACUGAAAUGGGCCAUGAAGGAAUCAAGGUGUGCACAGCCUGCUGUGAGGGAAACAUCUGUAACUUACCGAUGCCCUGGAACCAAACAGAAGCCAUCUUCACCACCAACUCUCCACUCAGCAGCACUCUGGGGCUUUCCCAAAGCCACACACUGACUUUGUCACUCUUCAUUGCUUCCUUCACCAUCUCAAGUGGUAUUUGAAAAGGGAACACAGCCAAGUCCAUUGAGGUAAACUGGAGUGUGGUCAAUGGACUAGUUGGAUUCUACUCUGACAGAAGGUUUAUCUUCCUAUGAUGU